AUGAAGAAGACAAGCGACGACAGCGAAAAAGUCGACGGACGGACGAGGAGCCAUCAGCAGCAGCAGAGCGAGAGUUGAAGAAAAAGCUUACGCCAGUGUGUCGGAGUGUGUGAUUUCGUGGUCCGCUUUUCCGCCGAGAAAAACGCAGCCGUCGGCCAGUGCCAUUUCCGGCCAAAAGGUGGUCCGCGAGUGUCCCGCAUCACUGUGGGAGGUGGAUUUCGGUGAAGUUGAGGUUGUUUUCAGUGAAAUUCGGGAGUGAAAAGUGAUUUUAUUUUUUCGGGUAUUGGAGCGCGGCUUGGGCGCACAAGAAUUUUCCUGAUUUGGGAAGGGUCCCGCGCGGAAAGUGGCCACAUCCGGUUUGAAGGUUACGGAUUUUACAGCAUUCGAGCAAGUUUUGACAGCGCGAGUUGGAUUUUUCGAGGUUGGCCAUGGCCUACUGUGGUACUGCUUCUGUCACGCCGUUGCCGAGGAGGACCGAUUCCAGCUGCCAGAGGUCACGCAUCCGGAAGGCUUGCGGUCUCCACAGUUAAAGCGGGGAUUGGUGAUUCGAUUGGCCGCAGAAAAGGCCAGCAGAACGAUUCGAAAAAGAUUCGUCGCCGUAAUCAAAAUUUGUUGCUGAAGAAGUGCCCCCUUCGAGAAAGACAAGAGACUCUACGCCUGGUGGCCGUUUCUGUCCGUGUGUGUGUGUGUAUUCGCGUAUGUGUGUCCUCCUGGCCGUGGCGUCGUGGCUGCACAAUUUUUCGGAACCAAAACUAGCCAAAAUAAAGCCAGCGAAGUCAAUAACGAAAACUAAAUAAAAAUCAAACUUUUCUGAAACUGUCGGACUUCCCCGGGGGAUUGAGCACACCGGAAGUGGGUGUGUAGCAGGUUCCAUAGAGACGAAGAUGCAACAACAACAGUCGGGACCAACGUCGUCCUCGGGGCCGCCAGGUUCGGGCACGGCAAGUCCGAACUCGGCUGGCGGAGUGGCCGUGUCCAGUUCUGGCGGAACGCUAGCAUCGGCGGCCACGGCCUACCCGAUCGAUCUGGCCUCGGCCAGCAAGGUGCUGGUGCGGCCAACGGAGAAAACAAACAUGCCAACGACGUACAGAAUCGGCAACUCGGCCGGCAACCAGAUGCGUGUGGUCAUCCCGAGCAACGCAACCCCCCAGACGUACUACAGACAGACGAUCAACCUGAAGCCAGAUACGACGGCGAAUCGGGCCCAAAUAACGGCACUCCCGGCGCGGACCGUGAGCCAGGCAUCGAUUACGGUGUCGCGGCCGCAGACGCCCACGACGUACCACGUUCCGGCGCGGGUUCAGACGACGGUGGCCGCGGGGAUUCAGGGUCCGCGGGCGACCAUAACGGCACCGAUUCGGAUUCCGACGCCGCCGAUUAGUGUGGCGAAUUUGAACACCUAUGUGCGGCAGUCGGUUCCACCGUCGCGCACUUCGUCGCCCUCGUCGGCGACCAUCAUUUCACAGCAGGGCGGCGCUCCGACGUGGAUGCCCAACGUGCAGGUCCAGGUGCCGUCCCAGCUGAUUCGGGCCGCGAACAUCACCUCGGCACCGAGGGCACGCGUCGUCGCGCAGACGAUUCCGGCUGGAGGGGGCGUAAGCAAUCAGAAUGCGACAAUUACGGCGAACGUCGUGUCGCAGGCGAGUCCGCAGAGUGUGGUGUCGCUUAGCGGAGCCAGCAACCCGUCGCAAGCGUUUGUGGCUACGCUAUCACCGGCGGGGCUUGCCCCGCAGCGGCAGAUAACGUCGACGUUGGUGUACACCAACAACAGCGGCACGCCGCAGUCCUACCCCAGCGGAACGAUCAAUCCCCAGCGGGUGACACUGGCCACGACUACGCUGUCGCCGCAGCGAGCUUCGGGAGUGCGGCCGAUUCAACGCUUGCCAACGGCCAACAUUGGGGUGAGGGUGCCCGCGGGGAGUAUUAGCAUAAGGACGCCACCGGUCCCGGUGCUUGCGCCGACCGUACUCACGACAAUCGCAUCCGGAGGAGCGGGUGGGGCUCAGAGCCGGACUGGGACCGUCUCCACGGCGAACAUUUCCAACACCAUCCCGGCGCGCAUAAUCCAGGUGCAGAACCCGCAGGGUGGCCAGGUUAUAACCGGGGGACGGUUGCCGACGAAUCUGCUGAACAUUCAGCCGUUGAUCGUGAGCAAUAACCGCAUCCCGAGCAGCAUUCAGCCGAGUUUGACGAUCGCCCAGGUCAGCAAGUUGACGCCGGUUUCGAACAGCUCUACGCCGACCAGUUUGGAGUCCGGGGGGACGACUACGCUGCAAACCGCGUCCGGCCAGCAAAUCGUCGUUAGUUCAGCGUCGAUGGGGAAUCUGAUGUCGAAUCAGGGUGGGGGGCAAUCGCAGGGGCAAAUCACGCAGAUCGUCAACGUGAACGCCGGUUCGGUGGGAUCUGCUUCGCAGAUUGUCACCGUCAGCCAGGGCCAGGUGAUUGGCGGUCCGCAGAGUUUGUCCGUUUCGAACUCUGGCAGUGGAGGAUCGGGGACGACCACCGUGAUUCCGAUCCCGUUGGCUAUUACUGGAGGACGGAAUGCGGGGGGGAUUCCGGUGUCGGUGGCGACUCUGGCCGGCGGCCAGAACUCGAUCAGCAUCGUGUCCGGUGGAGGGAGUACCAUAACGGGAAUUGUACGUACUACAACGAGCGGUCCUGGACUGGGUGGUGGACCGAGUUUAUCGACCUCCGCGUCGAUGCCUUCGAUUCUGCCCAUCGCCAAGGUGACGCCGCACCUCAUGGAAACGGUCAGCAGCAGUUCUUCGACGCCGUACUCGGUGUCUGGAUCGGGGACUUCGCUCUACAUUCAAACGCGACCACAGCAACAGAAUGCCAUCGUUACGACCGUUGCUAGUACGGGGAAAUCGAACACGUUGAACGUGGUUUCCGGAAGUGGCGGACCGUUCCUGCCGACGUCCACGUUCUACUACGAACGUGUGACCCCCUCGCCGGCUUCGUCAUCUUCCCAACCACUUCCACCGGUGGUCACUUCCACGGGAACGCUCGGCUUGAGCCAAGGCGUCUCAACGCUAACGUCCACGGCCAUCACCACGACGAGCAGCCUCAGCGGGCCAGUAUUUUCGAUUUCAUCCAGUGCACUCAACAGCAGCGUCGGCUCAACACUCGUCACUUCAAACGUCAUCACGACCAGCGGAUCUUCACUAGCUUCGACGGGCAGUGCGGGAAGUUUCGCCAUCGUCGCCGGCCGCAAUCUAACCGGAACAAUUCAACCACCAUCUUCGGUCAGCACCAGCCAGACGUUCCAAUCGGUCCCGGUGCGCUUCCAGCCGCAACUUCUCGUAGACGGCGGCCAAGCCCAACCCAUCAUCAUGACCAGCGGCGGAAAUUCCGUCGCAACGAGCGCUCAAUCUCUGCAACCUGCGCCGCACAUGCUCAUCCCGGUCAACCCGGCCGGUGCCGGAAGCGGUACCAAGCUAGAGUCCCCACAGUCCAGCAUCCUCCGCAAACGCGCCCUCGAAGGCUCGCCCAUCAAGGCGGGCAAAGAUCUGACCCAAACCCUGAUCGCCAUGGGCAAGGAACGGUUCCGCGAGAAGGAACGCGAACGCGAGCGGGAACGAAACGAGCGCGAAAUGUCCCCACCCUCACGCCCGGUCUCCACCGACGGUUCCACCACCGUCUCCGCAACGUCCAGCCCCGGCCUCGACCAGCAAGAGCAGGAAGAAAUCAAAGCAAUGGCGUACGCUAACCGCAACGCCAACGCCGACCUUCCCUUCAAACCGCUGCACGAGGAAAUCUUCCACACAAACCAGGCGCCACCUCCCUCCCAGCAUCAACCCAUCACGCUGGAGUCCAUCCAAGCUGCGAUGCAGAGCCAGCAGAACGCGACCGCCGCCGCGGCCAACGGCAGCAGCUACGAACAAUCGCCGCGGAAAAAGCCACGCAAGCAGAACGUCGCCGAAGGGUUGAAGGCGGGUGCGAACAGCUUACAAUUUUACGCCGCAGGCGCAGCCAGCAACAACAGCACCGAGCUGGACGUCCGGAUGGACACCAGCGCGAGCAGCUUACCAGGGGAGGUCAACUUUGGACCGGUCCCAUUAUUGGCCCCUCCACCGCCUACGGCGUCUACGACGCCAGCCCCAAAACACAACAAGCAAACAAACAACAGCAACAACGCUAGCAGCAAUAACAUUUCCGCGAACAACUCUUUGGACGCGAGCAGUUUGAAGGUGGAAGCGGCGUCCGCGGCGGUGACGUCGUCAACGACGACGGCGACGUCGUCUUCUGCCAACGCAGCUGCUGGAGGCAGUAAAAAGGAUGGCGCGACAGCGGCGCCAAAAGAUUCGCUUGCAGCGCGCAAGGCGCGCAACGCCAGCUUGCUGGAGUCGUACAAGCAAAGCUGGAAGGCGGCCAACAACCACUUCCAGCGGUACACGGACGUGAAGCAGCGCGAGGAGCGUCGGCCCACGAUCGUGGACAUUGCGAACCAGUCGCACGUGCUGCAGAAGGUCAACGGCUGGAAGGUUUACCAUCUGAGCGCGCAGAUUGAGGAUUUGUGCGAGCUGGAAUCUCAAGCCUACGACAAGCUGGACCAGAUGCUGAAGAGCACGGAGGCGGCCCCGAAGCAGUCGCCGGAAAUUGAGCGGAUCAAUGAGCUGUUGAAGGGCAACAUGCAGCGCAGCAAGAUCAUCACGGACGGCAUCAACGAGGCGCGCACGCAAAUCAUGAAGAUCUUCGACCACAAGACGCACGUCUCGGACAUUAUCCAGCGGUGCGCCUCGAAACGGAACUUUAAGAAGCGGGAAAAGACGUAAGGCUUCCAACGCACGCACUUGUACAGAAAUGUGUAAUUUAGCUAAGUUUAGUCGCUCGCGCGCUUGAUGUAACAACCCACUUUCCUCUCGCUCGUGUAAAAUUCUGUACGUUUAAGCUAGUUUAGGAAGAGUCUUUUUUUUUCUCUCUCGCAAACUGUGUACAUAUUUUAGCUUCUAGGAUUAAGGUCGAACGGCGAAAUAGAUACGAGAACUUCCGCUUUCCGUUUUGAUGCUUGAUGUACAGAUAACUAAUGCUAAUGCUAAUGCUUAAAAAUGAAACAAGACAAUUUUCGACUUGAAGCAAUUCGAUGUUAGAAGAAGCAGCCGUAAAGUGUGUUUUUACCUAGUUGAUAAGUGCAAUAACAUGUUUUAUCGGUAGUCAAUGUGUGCGUGUGAUGAGAAAUAGUAAAAAAAGAAGAAAAAACUCCAAAAAGUGAACAUCCCCCUUACUUUAUGCUAAUGAAGGCGCGCGCGAGUCGAAAAUUGUGCUGCUUGUGUGUUAGGUACUCUUAGUUGAUAAGUUUUGUUUAAUUUUUUUUUAACAAAUUGUAUAGCUUUGUAAGCCCCUUCUCCUGGUACAGAUAUCAGAACAAUGGUGUCAUAGAAAAGUUAAAAGUUGAAUUAUAAAAGCUGAGCGUGAGUGCGAAACGAUUGACUUUUCUCAACUUUAGUUUGUUUUAUCGUUAAGCGUUUAUUUUGCUUCCCCUCAUUGGAUGCGUCUUUUUGUACGCGUAAUUCUUUUUAGCAGAGACAGAGAUUUAUUUUAUUCAGCGACUAACAGAAAUAUAACUAAAUAAUUAGACGAUAAGCGAAAUGAUUGCGAAGAAUGAAAUAAGAAAAAUGA